UUCUCUCUCAAACAUAUUCCCUUGUUUUGCCAACCAAUGGGUAGCGCUCAUCCCAAGCUUAAGUGGCAUCGCCAACAAAUAACCGAAAAGAGAAAAACCAAAUAGCCGACCCGUUUUAGCGCUUGCUCACACAGAAAGAGAGGCAACGAUACAUUACUUGCACGACAUUGCAUAUACUGAAGCUCCAUCAACCUUUUCUCUAAUGCCUAUCUGCCAUUCUCGGUCCUUUAACUGAUCCUUUGUUUUUCUUGUAUAUAUAUAUUUUUUAUUUUUGUUUUCGGGAGAAACGGAAAAGUGAAGAUGCAGAAGCGGAGAUGGAGGGCGGUGGUGGUGAUGAGGAAGUUGCUAACGUGCGCCAUAUGCGCAAUGACUAUGGUCGCACUGUUUUCUGUACAUAUACGAGUGUUCCCUUCUACUAAAGUUCCUGACUUGCCUGAUCCUUACAAGCUGCCGGCUACUACCACUCAGCAGCACGAGAUCAAUAAAUAUUCGAGAUUGGAGAAUGAGCAAGAACAAAACUUAAGCAGAGAGCUCACUCCGCCCCAUUUGUCUAAACCACCUCUUCCUGCCCACAAGUUGGGUCGUGCUAGGGGAAAUUCGGAUUUCGCCAAGCUAUGGAAGCCUCCACCAAAUCGGGAUUUUUUGCCGUGUGUGGACCCUAGUUCUAAUUAUACAACUCCUGGAGAAUCAAGAGGUUAUCUUCUAGUUCAUACAAACGGUGGCCUAAACCAGAUGCGAGCUGGGAUUUGUGAUAUGGUAGCUGUUGCACGAAUAAUAAAUGCCACUCUUGUAGUUCCAGAACUGGAUAAAAGGUCAUUUUGGCAAGACACCAGCAACUUUUCUGAUGUUUUUGACGAAGAUCAUUUUAUCAAUGCUCUAGCCAAUGACGUAAAAGUCAUAAAAAAACUUCCCAAGGAAAUGGCUAAUGCUGCCAAAGCGGUUAAGCAUUUUAGAAGCUGGUCCGGUAUGGACUACUAUCAAUUGGAGAUAGCAAGCAUGUGGGAAGAUUAUCAAGUCAUUCGAGCUGCCAAGUCUGAUUCUCGUCUGGCAAAUAAUAAUCUCCCUCCAGAUAUUCAGAAGUUGCGGUGCCGUGCUUGCUAUGAAGCCCUCCGUUUUUCACCUCAAAUUGAAGCAAUGGGAAAAAUGUUGGUGGAUCGGAUGAGGUCUUAUGGUCCUUACAUUGCUCUACAUUUACGAUAUGAAAAGGACAUGCUUGCAUUUAGUGGAUGCACUCAUGGUUUAUCAAGUGUUGAAGCUGAUGAGUUGAAGAAGAUCAGGGAAGAAACUGUAUACUGGAAAGUGAAGGAAAUUGAUUCGAGGGGGCAGAGAUUCAAAGGUUAUUGCCCCUUAACCCCAAAGGAGGUUGCUGUGUUUCUCAGUGCGCUUGGAUACCCCUCAAACACUCCCAUAUACAUUGCCUCUGGAGAGAUAUAUGGAGGUGAUGCUCGCAUGGCUGAUCUGCAAUCUCGCUAUCCCAUAUUAAUGAGCAAGGAGAAAUUGGCAUCUGUUGAAGAGCUUGAACCAUUUAUUAAUCAUGCCUCUCAGAUGGCCGCACUUGACUACAUCGUGUCUGUUGAAAGUGAUGUGUUUAUUCCAUCAUACUCUGGGAACAUGGCGAGGGCAGUUGAAGGUCAUCGUCGUUUUCUAGGACAUAGAAAAACAAUAUCCCCAGACAGGAAAUCGCUUGUUCAUUUGUUUGACAAAAUUGAACGGGGCAAAAUGAAAGAAGGUGAAGUUUUAUCCAAGCGGAUCAUUGAAAUGCACAGGAGACGCAAGGAUAAGUGUUCUAUUUCUGAAUUCGGUUGUUUUGUAUUCCAUUAGCAAUUUGCUAAAUAUUGUGAUCUUCAUUUGGGUCUUCCAAUGCUGACUGAUUUGCAGGCCUGAGGUUGGAAACGGCACAUUCUGAGCCUUUAAAUUUAUAUCGUCUUCUUCUUCUUAUUCUAAUAAAAAUAUAAACUGCUGCGAGCAUAUGAGAUUUUGUGAAGAAUCUGUUUUUCCACUUCAAUCAACUUGUCUAAUUCAUGUUGGUUGCGCAGGCAAGGAUCUCCGAGGAGGAGAAAAGGACCCAUCUCAGGAACAAAGGGCAUGGAUAGGUUUCGUUCAGAAGAAGCCUUUUAUGUAAAUCCUUUACCAGAUUGUUUAUGUCAGAGGCAAUCAUCCAAUGUGAACAACUCUCUGGUCAUCAGAUAGCUAAUAAAAAUUCCAUUUGAAAAAGGCAGCUGAUGAUUGCAGGAUACUGACAAAUUUGACAGUCUCAGUAUCUGUGGAAGCUGUUUACAGACUGGACAUACAAUUGUAAGAGUUAGGAAUACGGAUUCUGUACAUCUUGAGUUAGAUAGAUGGCUGAUAUGUUGGAGAUCUAGAUGAAGAUGAUGUAACUGUUGGCUCCAAGGACGAAGAAGAAAGAGGAAGAGGAGGGAGAACAAGAAACAUGUAAACAGGGCCUUGCAUUUCAUCAAAAAGGGGAUCUUGCAAGAUAAUUUUUUUACUUGCACAGAGGAUGAUGAAUCGUUGGGGAUACAGUACUUGUAUAAUUGUUAAUCACAGAAAUAACGUCUCUCUUUUCCUCCCC